CGCCGCCAAAAAGGGACAGGAAGAAGAAGAAGAAGAAGAAAGAGGAGGAGGAAUAAGAAGAGAGAAAGGAAUCAAUGGCGGUUCCGGGGAGGCGCAACGGCAUAAACGAAGAUGACGAAGAUAACAACCUUUUCGAAGAAGAAGGACUCAUCGAACAUGAAUCCGACACUCCUCCUCACCUCCGUGACCUCUCCGCCGCCGCCCAGCUCGAUAACUUGCAAGGUAGUAUCGAUGAGCCAGUCGAGGAUGGGGAUACAGCAUUACAUUUGACCUGUUUGUAUGGCCAUUUGGAAUGCGCCCAGCUACUUCUAGAUAGAGGAGCGAACUUGGAGGCCAACGAUGAAGACGGUGCGCUUCCUUUGCACGAUGCUUGUGCUGGAGGAUAUACACAGAUAGUCCAACUGCUAUUGAACAGAGCUGGUGAUGCAGAGAUCAUAAAAAGGAUGCUGGAAUCAGUUGAUUCCGAGGGUGACACGCCUCUUCAUCAUGCAGCAAGAGGUGAGCAUGUUGAUGUAAUUAGGUUGUUGCUGUCUCAUGGUGCUUCCCCCACCAAGCAAAACUUAUAUGGAAAGUGCCCGCCAGAGUUACCUGAUCCAGGCACAGAUGCUAGGAGGCUGUUGGAAUCUACCACCAUUCCCAUGGAAGCUUAAUAUGAUAGCCUUAGUAUUGUGAUUGGUAGAAAUAUUCAGUUUUCUUUUUGCCAAUUUUGCUUUAGGGCCAAAACAUCUGGAUUAUUGUAUACUAAUUUUAUAUGGCUGUUGAUUGACAUUCAGAAAUGAUUUAACAGAGAAUCACUUGUGAUUAA